UAUUUACACUCUGCCACAUCGAAUAAAUCCAGGCACAUUUUCCUGCAAAUACACUAGCGCGCGCACACGUACUUCGCGGGCGCCCACGUCCUCUGUCUCUCCCUGACAGAUACAGACAUUUACACACCUAGGCCAGGAGAGCGCUAACCACGGUCCUGUGACUCCACGCAGUUUCCCAGGACACGCCUUUUACACUGUUACUGAACCGAUCAGCGAACACAGACAAACCUGCCAACACUUAAGUCUACUCGCUGGAUUUCAUCUCCAUGGCAACAAGCAUGGAAGGGUUUAUUUAUCCUGGUUUUAUAACUUCAUGGUCUAAAUGUCUCUCAUUUUUCUAUUUCCCAGUAAACAAGAUAUUAAGAUGAUGUUUUCCUUCUGAGGUCAAGAGGUGACUCCCUCAGCACUUCUGAAGAGCCAUAAUGCUGUGACAGUGAAUAAUGAGUAGUACCUAUUGUGGCAACUCUUCAACUAAGAUGAGUGUCAACGAAGUAUCAGCUUUUUCAUUGACUCUGGAGCAAAAAACUGGCUUUGCUUUUGUUGGGAUUUUGUGUAUAUUCUUGGGACUUCUUAUUAUCAGAUGCUUCAAAAUCCUCUUAGACCCGUAUAGUAGCAUGCCUUCCUCUACAUGGGAAGAUGAAGUUGAAGAGUUUGAUAAAGGGACAUUUGAAUAUGCACUUGCGUGAGAGUUCCACCAUUAAGGCUUUUAGGGCUAUGCCACUACGACACAUGGAAGAUACAAUUGUAAUUUCCUUGAGCAUGCUGGAAGAAGCUCAUUUCAUUCAGUAAAUUCAAUAAACACGUGUGGUUGGACAAGUCAUCUAACCUGUAUGGACUUCAAGGAAGAGGCUAAUUAAAGCAUUUUUAAGGUCCCUUUCGAUUCUAGUGCCCUAUGAACCCAGUGAAUGUAUCUGGAAGCCAGAGACCUGAGAUGAAUGAAGACUUAAGAUGUCAUUAGAUGUUUUUCAGUUUAGGAGUCUAAUCUCUUGUGAUUUGAAUUCUAAUGUUGACUUAGUCAAGAACUAGCCUUAUGACUAAGGAACACUUUUCCAGAUCUGCAAAACAAGGAUAAAGAAACCUAUCCUGCAUAUUUUACAGGGAUGUUGAGAGGACCAAGUGAUGUGUAAUGAAUGUGAAAGCAACUUGAAAAUCAUAAAAUAUUGUUGGAACAUACCAUGCCAUCAUUAUUUAUUACCCUCAUUGGCAAUAGAAAUAGAGAUUCUCAAACCUCAAGAAGGAAUGGUUUAGUGCAUAGUACCUCUCUCAAUCUCUAAUGAUUCACCCUGGAAUCUCCGAUGUGACUAAGUAAAAUCAUCAGUGAAUUGUAAAUAUUUCCAAAACAGUGAAAGUGCUUAAGUACAAACGAGGACUGGUCUAAAUCCAACACAAAUUAACUCAUUUUAUCCCCUUGAUAACUUUACAGCAAGGUGGGUAUCAUUAUUAUUCACAACUGCAUUUUACAGUUGAGAAAGUCAAGGCACAGAGAGAUCAACCAAUUUGCCAGAGCUCACACAGGAAGUGGCAAAACUGGAUGUGAGUUGAGUAUACAGACUUCAGAGUCUUGCUCCUAGCCACUGCGUCAAGCUACAAUCAUGCUGCUCAGAUAGCUGGAAAUCACUUGGACAGCUUCUUCUAUAAAAGACAAGGAGGAUUCAUUCAGUCACCCCGAUCGAAAACCAGUGACAGAUCUUGCACAGAGGAAUUGUUUGUGCUCUCUUAAUAAUCAGGACCUCACAGAUUUGAACAAAACCUUUCCCUCAACAAAACUAAAAAACCGGGUUUGAAAUAAAUGUUUUGUCAGGUAAAGACAAAAAGGCCACUGGGAAACUUAACAUAGUUUCAUUCUUGCUUGAAACGGUUUUCCCACUAAGCAGAAAUAUUUUCAGUAAAUAACUGAGUCUACAUUCAAUCUGCUCACUUCCCAUGCAGAGAAGAAUUAAGCUAAUAUCUACUAUAAGCAAGAUGAAAUGACCUCAACUACCAUAUUCUAUUUACAAAGUAUAGAAAUUAUCUCUGGAAGCCUAGAUUUUGCUAUACAUGCUAAACAAUAAGAAGUCACCAGGAAUCAUGUGAAGACAAUGGGAUUCAAUUUACUUAGCACCGAACGACUGAAGCACUGCUUAUAUUUUAUUGGAUGAUUACUGUUGAGCAAUCCAACUCCCCUUAUGAAUUAAAGAAACUUUAUAUGACUUCCUAUCUAAACGGAUUAAUGGUUUACUACUGGUUACUAGCUGAGGCAUUACUUAAGUUUCCUCAGGGCUAAUGACUGGGCAGCGCCCACAGUUUGAUCCCACACCAAUCACUGCUCAAUCAUCUCUUUCAAGGAAGAUUCCAACCAAUGAGAAGAAGCCUACGAUUCUGGGCUGAAAGCUGAGUGCCCCAUAUAUGUCUGGGUGAUGUUGAAACAGGUAACAUUUCCUGAGAAGAACUCUCCUUCUUCUGGUGCUUUGAAGAACAUUCUGAAGACUGUAUAGGAGACAAUGCAUCAAGAAUCUAUUUAUUGAGUCCUUCUAAAACAAAAGCCAGGAACUCCCUAAAGUAAACACAUAGAGUUUAUUUUGAGGAGAAAAGACAUAGAUUAAAAAAAAAAAAAAAAAAAGCAACCA